UUGGAGCACUUAAGGGGAGUGUAUGAUGAAUAUGUUGCAGCCUUUCUGCAAGACCUGGAGGCAGAGGCUGAAAAUGGUGGUAACAGUACAAGUGGAGGAGCCAGCACCAGUAUAUCCAAUUUGGAAGAUGUUAUUAAAGAAGUCCAUGCAGUCCUCUCUGAAUUUAUCAAGCUUAGUCCUAAAGCUUGGGCUCCUCUUGUGUCCACAUGGGCCGUUGACCUUCUUGGUCAGCUUGGCAGCAAGCAUGCAGGACGAAGGGCGGCUCCUCACUCGUCCAGCCUAAAUGAGCUGCUGCAGCUUUGGAUGUCGUGUGCAGCCACUCGCUCACUUAUGGAGUGCUACUCCCAGUGUCUAGCGGCCAUGUUGGCCUGGUGCCCUGAUGCUUGUGUGGAUGCCUUGUUGGACACCUCUGUCCAGCACUCCCCUCAUUUUGACUGGGUUGUCGCCCACAUUGGUUCAGCUUUUCCUGGCACCAUCAUCAGCAGGGUGCUGGCUUGUGGCCUCAAAGACUUUUAUGCGCACGGAUAUUCCUCUGCUGAGAAGAUUAACCAACAGCAGCCAAUAGAUAAGAGCAGCAGAGUCCCCAAAAUAGGCUCAGUGGUUGGUAUCCUUGGGCACUUGGCCUCCAGACAUUCUGAUAGCAUCAAGAAAGAGCUUCUCAGGAUGUUUCAGGAUAGUCUGUCUCCGCCCCCUCAAAAUGUACCUCCGCAUUCAUCCGGGGCAGGCGGGUGGGAGAACUCCCCUCACCUCCGUAGGGCCACUGUACCUUUUUUGCUUCAACUGGCUGCU